UGUUAGCGGACACAAUGGCGACUGCAGUGUAAGCGGUUGGUCUGCUGCGUGGAACAUGCUAGGGGUGGUCUCUACCUGGCCCAGCCUCAGCAUGGGCUCAGCAUGGGCUCGGGGAGGACCAUCAAGUUCGCCCUGUGCGAGGUGCUGCAGUUUGCGGGCCUGUGCGUGCCGCUCUUCAUCGUCAUGCAGAGGUUUGCUGUGAUUGUUGCCAAGGUCAAAAGGUCAGCACAGCCCCCUGGCGAUGGUGAUGUUGCUUACUGGUUGAUCGUGACCUCGUCCAUCGCCUAUGUCAUGUCCGCCGCCCUAUUGGUGUGGGCACCCCUCAAGUAUUUGCUGUUUGUCAACAACAAGAUGCUCCUUGGCAGGAAGAAAUGGAGGCCUGUGGCCCUCGUCUAUGUCAUCAUGUCCACCUUACCCUGCUUCGCCUUUCUCAUUGCCAGCUCACAGGUUCAGAUCAAUAACAAUCUCAGACACGACACAUUCACGGAACUCCCGGUGUCUCUAAUCCUCUUCUCUCUCAUCUGUAUUGAUGUUGUGGAAAGGAUACGCCACUGCAGACUGACGGGACGGGAUCAUCCCCUGGCGAGAGACGCAGACAUUCCUUCCUCCGUCCUCACACACGUGGAACAGGUCAUACCAGUCACACCGGCAGUGCCCGGGCCGGCAGUACCCGGGCCGGCUGUACCCGGACCAAAUGUUCCCGGCCCGACUGUACCUCGGCAAGCCAUGAGCACUACUCCUGUGGCGGUGGGACCAGGCCAGCUGGGGGACAGAAGUCAGGGCGGUGUGGGUAUUAGACCAGAAACCAACGGCACACUCCCAGGGAUGGUCGGGAACGGCGGAAGAACAUUGACUGUAUGCGAAUCGGGACCCGUUCACACGGGCCCUCUGCGCUUUUUGUGUGCUAGUGACGCUCGAGCUGAUGUGUUUGUGGAGAGUUUUCUCUUCUGGAUGGACACGGUGGAGAUGACGAGGGUAGCAGCUCAUCCUCUGGUUUACUACUCGGGCUGGGUGUGUCCUAUAUACAUUUUGUGCUACCUUUCGUGCCUACGCGUGGUGCUGGUGCCCCACAACCCCUUGCUCUCCUCUCUAGGUGUGGCCCUGCAAGAUCUGCCCUUCCUCUUUGUGCGUGCGGGCCUACUAGCGUUCUUCGGCUUGGUCACGCCUCUCCUCUACUUGAUGAAGAACCUUUUAGUAUGCCUGGCUUUUGUCUAUUUCAAUUUCAUGACCAAGCUGAGGGUGUUCAACACACAGAGGAUGUUCUUAUGAAGGUUUCAUGCUGUUGU